GUCACCUGGAGAAAUAACAGCACGGAGGCGCCGAGUGAAGGAUCGGUCGGGAAUGCCGAUUUGGCAGUGGAGCUGAACCAGAUUUGCCAUGUUUAAGUACUGGAAUUCAAGGAAUCUAAUAAUUGCAGACCGAACAAAGCUCAAGCCUUGAUGCUGCCAAUUCCUUGGAUCUUGACUUCCUACCACUCUAUCUUGCAGGAAAGUUUAUAGAUGGAACUGCUGCAAAUCAAGGGUCUCCUCCUGACCAUCUUUGCUGCCUGUAUUGGUGGUAGCUUCCAGUAUGGCUUGAACCUGACUAUCAUUAAUGCACCAACAACUUUUAUCCAAAUGUUCAUCAAUGAGACGUGGAUUGAGCGUUAUGGCAGAGGUUUGGAAAGUGGUGUAAUCACGUUGAUCUGGACUAUUAUUGUAACUACCUUCUCUGUUGGAGGAUUGAUCGGUGCACUUAUUGCUGGACCCAUGGCCAUAACCUUUGGCAGGAGGAAUUCGCUGCUACUGAGCAAUAUCUUUGUAUUCAUUGGUGCUUUGCUAAUGGGGCUGAGCAAGAUGGCCCAAUCCUUUGAAAUGAUUUUAAUUGGGAGAUUCUUUUGUGGAAUAAGCUCAGGUGUGGGAAUGAACAUCAACCCUAUGUAUCUUGGUGAGAGUGCACCAAAGGAGGUACGAGGCACAGUGGCCUUGUCAUUUGCUCCAUUCACUGCAGCGGGAUUAGUGGUCGGACAGACUUUAGGUCUUGGUGAGGUACUUGGCAGGGAAGGAUUGUGGCCCAUCCUGCUGUCAUCCUGCACAUUACCAGCUUUAAUCCAACUCACCACUCUUCCAUGGUGCCCAGAAAGCCCAAGGUACUUGCUGAUCGACAGGGAGGACAAGAACUUGUGCAUGAAGGCACUAAAACGGUUGCGUGGCGAUGUCAACCUGACUGCAGAAAUGGAUGAAAUGCUGGAAGAGCAAACUGCACUUGAAGGUCAAAAUGCAAAGAGAAUAUGGGAACUGUUCAGAGACCCUACUGUCCGAAGGCAGCUGAUCAUCACCUUUGUGCUGGGCAGUGCCGUGCAGUUAUGUGGCAAUGAUGCUAUGUACUACUACGCUGUAUAUGUCUUUCGUGCUGCGGGAAUUCCUGAUGAAAAGAUCCAAUAUGUCACUAUUGGAACUGGAUGCUGUGAGCUAGUUACUGCAUUGACAAGUAACCUGUUCAUUGACCGAAUUGGGCGCAGGCUGCUGCUUGCAGGAGGUUACAGUCUGAUGGUUGUCUGUGGAAUAUUGUUCACCAUCUCCUUGACUCUCCAAGACAAGAUUAGCUGGAUGCCAUAUGCAAGUGUGGUUUGCAUCUUUGCAUCCAUCUUAAGCUUUGGAAUUGGACCAGCUGGAGUAACUGGGAUCAUUCCAAUGGAGAUCUUUGACCAGACUGCAAGGCCUGCAGCCUACAUGAUCAAUGGCUUUCUUCACUGGAUAAAUUUUAUAAUUGUUGGGUUAACUUUCCCAUUCCUCGUUGAGGGACUGGGCAGUUUCUGUUAUGUGCCAUUCCUCUCUUUUAGCCUCCUCUUUGCAUUAUUUAUUGGAAUCUUCCUUCCAGAAACAAAAGGAAAGACCUUUCUGGAAAUUUCCAAGGAGUUUCACAAGUGAAAUUUCCAUGGGCUCAAGCAAACCAAGUGAAGAUAAAUCAAUGAAAAGAUCUUAAAGCCUGCCAUAACAUAAAUAACCAAGGGUCGCAAUCUUAAAAUAAGGAUUUGAGCAUUCAGGACUGAGGAGAGAAGAAAUUUCUUCACCUAGUGGGUGGUGAAUCUUUGGAAUUCUGUAUCAAAGUUCUGUGGAGGCUCAUUUGUUGCGUAUACUCAUGGCAGAUGUUGAUAGGGUUAGUACAGGAAAAUGAUGUUCAGUUAAAUACUGAUGCAUAAUAUCUGGUCAGUUAGCAUCUGAGAGUUAGAAGGAGAGAGAUUGUUUAUGACCUGAACACUAGCUCAGUUUCCCUCUGCACAGAUACUGUCUGACCUGCUGAGUGUUUCCAGCAUUUGUUUUAGUUUUAUUUCAAAUUCACAGCAUCUGUAGAUUUUGUUUUGUAUUUCCAUGAUAUUCAAAUGUGUGACUGUUCACUGACAUCCUGUAAUGUUUGAUAAGGCAACUGAUUUGUUGUCUCAAUCACUGGGCAGGGAACUGAUGGCAGAAGUAGGAUUGGUUGAUAAUCCAGAUCAUAUGCUGCAGAAUCUGCAGAUUAAUUCAGAAAAUUGAUCAGCAGAACCAGAAAUUCAGAAAACUGAAUUCAGUGUUUAAACCUAUACAAGAAAUAUCUUGACAAAAUACAGGUAGUCCCUGGGUUAUGCAAGGGUUCCGUUCCUGACAACUAUCCAUAAACCAAUUUCUCUAUGUUGGCAAUUUUCUACAGCUACCCAUAUUGUAUUGCUCUACAUAUGCAUGUUAUAAUUGUCAUUUCAUUGAAUAUUCUCUCACAGUGCCCAUAUAUAAACUAAUGGAAUAUAUACAGUAACCAGUCAUUAAUGAACACCAUGAAACACUUAAUUAUUAUCCUAAAUGGAGAAGGAUUUGAGAAGAAGUGAAACAAAUGAGCAGGUUCACACUGAAAGUAUUAGGGCAAGGGCAAUCUCACCAAAUGUUCCUACACAGACUAUGAAAUGGAUUUGAAUCAAGAAACCAAAUGAACUUAGUGAAGAUAUAUUUAAAUAUUUACUAUUUCCAAAGAAACAGAACCACUUGAAAACUUAUUUUUCAGAAUGUAUUAGUUGUCUUAGACAGACAAAUGUGCAUAUUCAUGAAAUUAGUCAGCAGCUAAGGGAAUGUUUGAGUCUGAUCAAUGAGAACAACUUGGUGUAGGAUUAUAUAGAUGGACACUGCAGCACUGGGAAUCCAGCACAAAGUGCCAGCAUCAGACACUAAGCUUGUCAUGAACUUGUGAUGGGGCUGUGCAAAUCCAUGGCAUACUAUCUGCAAGCAGCUGUAAUCGAGUAGUUUGGAAACCACCAGACAGUCAAUUCAAUUGGACCCUUUAACAUUGAUCUGAGAUUGAGAUACUUUUAGGAAUGCUUGGAGAAUCUAUAAUGGCAGGAAAACAGAUUGCUUCAUGACAAUCAAAAUUUGGUAUUGAAAGGCAGUAAUUGAUUCUCUACAAACAUAUCAAUACAAGGUAAUUUAUAUGGUGAACUGUAUAGGCACAGUAUAAUACCAAUAAAACUAAAUAGUAUUUGUACUUUUUGAAUUAUAUAAAUUAAGUUAAACAUGCUUGAGUCUACCCCAGGUUAAACACACAGAAGCUUCUUCAAAAUCACUGAAUUAUAAAUCAGAAAACACAAGUGAAUGGGCAGGAGCCCCUAGUAGUGUUGCACCUGUAGAUAAUUUAUGAAUGAAAUGUGGUCUUGUAGUAAUUAACUGAUUGCAGUGAAGCAUGCUUGCAUUGUGAAAUUGAAGAUGUAAUUUUUCAACUUUGCCACCUUAACUCAAACCAAUUACCUGUCAGAAUAGGCUUUAAAGAGCCUGCUACAUGUAUCAAUAUUCCCAGUGCUUGCAUCAAUAAAUAUUUGAAGUGCCUAUUGAACUAAUUUUAACAUUGUAUCAUUUAAAUCACAAUUUUUGGAAAGGUUGCAACUAAAGCCAACAUUAUUGAUGCUUAAAUGAACAGUGUGAAAUCAAGGAAUAUUUGUUAAGAAAAUGACAUCUCCAUACAAAAACACCAAUGCAACAAUAUUAUAGUACAUCAGUAACUAAGGUUAGGUUCUUUCCAACGAAAAAAUUAAUUUGUGACACUUUCUCUCAAUGGAAGAGAAUUUUUUAAA